UAUGACCGCGCAGUAACUCAACCCAAAAGCAUCGAUAUCAUUCUCGCAACGUCCAUUUCGCCCCUCGGGGGAGACUGCAAUAUUUGCUCGCAACUCCUUGAAGCACAAGUAGAACAGCCUUGGGUCGCUUAUCUCGAUUGACGCUAGAUGCCGCCAGGAAACCCGCUGGCAAAAGCUACUUGGUCACAAUCUUAGCUGUCGGCACGGGCUUCUCGCUCUUUCUCCUUGCCUUCGAUAAUCAAAGAGCGGCAAGUCGAGAACGAAUGUGCCACUCGCGGCUUCUCUUCGCUCUCAGCCGACCGAGCGCGAGCCAGCGCAAAAGAGCUCCAGGAGCGACGUCGUUGACCUCGGACGUCACGUGGUGGAGCGGCCGCCGCCGCGCCAUCUCGGCCUCCUCGCGUCCUGAAAGAGGUCAACCGAAUUUCUCGGCUCGUCCUCGACACACACGAAGUGCGACGCGCGACGAGCACGGAAGAAGCGAACGCGCGUGAGUGAUUAAGUGGUGAUCACAAGUGCGAGGAGGAGAUGGACGAGUCGGGCAUCGACAUGGGCUUCGACCUCGCCGCCCUCGUGAGCAACGACGGUCUCGAGCUGGAGUACAGCAACGAUCUCGAGCAGGCGUUGGCCCUACUACCUUCUACCCAGGACUUCAUGUACUACGAGCUCAAGAGCCGCGCACCCUACACUGGCAGCCCACCAAACUUCAAGACAGUGACGCCGACCUCGCGUACACAGCUGAAGCUUCAAUUGAUGCGCGAACAGCUCCAGGAGCAGGAGCGCCGAGAGGCUGAGUUUCGACACACUCUGCAGCAGCAGAGGCCUGCGGCUGCGCCCCCAAGGCCCGUACCCCCGGCGCAGCUUUCCACCAUCGGUGUCGACGUACCGCCUCAAGUACUCCAGGUGCGAACGCUUUUGGAGAAUCCGACACGCUAUCACGUGGUCCAGAAACAGAAGAAUCAGGUGCGCCAGUAUUUGCACCAGACUUUCCGCACUUCUUCCGACAUCCCAUCGUCCGUUGAUGAGAUCAAUGUUAACAGUCUUAGCAGUAGUUUUGGAAUCCAACCUCAUCUAGCUCUCAUCGACACGGAACCCAAUCAAAUUUCAAUAACGAUCCAAAGCGCACCACCCGGUCACAUGCAACAUCAGGAACAACAGCAACAACAACAGCAGCAGCAGCCACUUUUGCCAUCGUAUCCUCAUGGAUCCAAUCUCAUAUCGAGGAGCCACGUAGAUCCCAGUCCAGAUCCCGCAACCGGGGCGAUGUCACCGAGUUUGAGCAGCAUUGCAACCAGCAAUUCAGAGGCGGAAGAUCUGCUGGACGACAUCCUGUCGUUUGAGGCAGGCUCCUUGGGGGAUGGUCUUAAAGACGCUCAGUCGGAAAGUUUGAGCAGUUUACCAGACCUACAGAUAAAGCCAGAGCCACUGCUGCUUACCGACGCCGAGAUCCACGCGCUUGCCAAAGACAGACAGAAGAAAGACAAUCACAAUAUGAUCGAACGCAGGCGACGGUUCAACAUCAACGAUAGAAUCAAGGAACUUGGUACCCUUCUUCCUAAAACCAAUGAUCCCUACUACGAGAUUGUAAGGGACGUGCGGCCAAAUAAGGGUACAAUACUGAAGUCAUCAGUGGAGUAUAUAAAACUAUUGAAGAACGAGCUGACACGCAUGAAGCAAAGCGAGUUGAGGCACAAGCAGCUCGAGCAUCAGAAUUGUCGUCUACUACUGCGCGUUCAGGAGCUCGAGCUCCAGGCGAAGGCCCACGGGCUUCCUAUUACGGACUUUAACUGGACCUCGUCCUCGGCCAGUUUACUCAACUCCUACGCCAAGAGUAGGCACAGAAAGCUACCGGAUAUUGUUGCAGAGGAUACGGCUGCGGCCUUGAGCCUGUCGCAGUUUGAAGAUUUGAUGGAGGAUGACGGGGGCGGUCCCGUCCACGGCGGCGAUCCUAUGCUGUCGUCGCCUCACCUACCGCCCCUCAGCCCGCCGGCUCCACCCUGCCACCAUCCCCUACCCGAUGAAGACACCCUCGGUAGCCUCGCCCCGACGAGCUCUAACUCGUCCUCGGAUAUGGACAUAGUUGCGUAGCCCAUCGCCCCACUGGUUCAUUUGUUACCAAAAUGAGAAUGCGCGAGCAUGGGCGAGAGAGAAAGAGAGAGAGAGAGAGAGAGA